AUGACGAAAUUCCGCCCCUGCAUAGAUCUGCAUGCCGGCAGCGUCAAGCAGAUUGUCGGCGGCACGCUGUCGACCUCGACCCCGUCGGAGCUCAAGACCAACUGGACCUCGGAGCACCCGUCCGCGUACUACGCCGCGCUGUACCGCGACCACGCGCUCGCGGGCGCACACGUGAUUAUGCUGGGGCCGGGCAACGACGCCGCGGCGCAGGAAGCUCUGGGAGCGUGGCCCGGCGGGAUGCAGGUCGGCGGCGGCAUCGACGAGGGGAAUGCGCGCACAUGGAUUGAACGCGGCGCGGAGCGGGUCAUCAUCACAUCAUACCUCUUCCCCGAUGCUACCUUCAGCAUGCCGCGCCUGCGCGCUGUGCUUGCUGCGCUCGACAACGAUAAAGAGAAGCUCGUCAUUGAUCUGUCCUGCCGCCGUAAGGACGACAAGUGGUUCGUCGCUACCAACAAGUGGCAGACAAUCACCGACUUUGAGUUGAACGAGGAAAGCAUCCGGCUCCUGGAGCCCUUCUGCUCCGAAUUCCUCAUUCACGCCGCCGAUGUCGAAGGACUGCAGCGCGGCAUCGACCAUGCCCUCGUGUCGCGCCUCGCAGAAUGGUGCCGCAUCCCUGUGACGUAUGCUGGCGGCGGCCGCUCCAUUGCCGAUCUGGAGCUCGUCAAGGAGCUGAGCAGCGGCAAGGUGGACCUAACGAUUGGAAGCGCAUUGGAUAUAUUUGGCGGCGAGGGUGUGAAGUUCGAGGAGUGUGUCGCGUGGAAUGCGAGGCAGACUUAG